AAAUGCAUAAAGUAUUUUGUGCAGCAGUUUCCUAGGUGACCGAAUUCUGAUUCAUGAUCAUGAGCCGCAGUGUGACCGCAGUCGCGACGUCAUAGAGCGCUGAGUACAGAUUGCUGCUUUUGGAUUGUUGGUUCAGUAGUAAAGUUCUAUCAUUUCCCAAAAGCAGGGCUUGUAUUGAAGAACGGGAGGAAAAUGGGAAUUAGACAUUUACAAACUUUUAUGGUAAGAAGAGUGGAGAACGGUACAUACACCGUUCAAAUGGAUCGGGAAAUUCGAAAUGCGAUAAAAAGCCCUAAACCCCCGUUGGUGGUGAUUAAUCUUAUGGCAAUGCGUGGAUUAUUGAAUUCCGACAAACGUGGCCUUUUGUGUGGUAGCCAGAUAAGACGAGUGGAACGUAUGGCCGAUAUGCUUUUCGGGCGCCUGACCGACGCGGGUGCCGAACUGGUAUUUUUCUACAAUGUCAAGCGGCUACCAAACAAUUGGGAAAGUUUGGCCACUCAUCAAAAUGAACAGUACGAUCGGAUGAUCGAUAUUCUGGACUUAAUCAAUGCUCGCGUGCCAUUGGAAAAGGUAGCCGAAACGUGUGAGCACACCAUUCUUUCUAACUCCUGCAUUAAGCUACGUCGAAUUGCUAAGCAGCACGGUAAGACGUUCAUUACGACGGACAUGGAAUGUGAUCAAGCAGCGGCUAUAUACGCUACGCAACAUAAUGCAUUGGCGGUAAUAACGCAUGAUACGGAUUUUUUAAUCUUCGCGGGUACCUGGCAAUUUUGGCACGCGAAUCACAUCAAUCUGACGACGUUGGAGGUACAAGCUUUCAACAAGCAAGCGUUGCUUCGUACGCUUGGUUUGGACUGGCAACAGAUGGCGAUAUGGGCAACGCUAGCAGGAAAUGAUUUUUUCAAAUACGACGAGUUGGAACCUUUCCUGAAUGAUCUUGCUCCACAUCAUCAAAAGUUUUACAAACUAGCAGAAUAUGUACGCAAGCUGCCGACGAAAAAGAAGUUAGACGCUGGCACGGUACACUCCAUCCUGGGACGGGUGUACAAGAACCGAAGUAUACCAACGGAAGCUUUUGAAUGGUUUCAGCAAAGUGUAGCAUUCUAUCAAAUCGAUACUCCGAAUGCAGUCUGUGUGCCAACAGCAAAAGAUCCGUUUUCCUAUUUGCUGCAGAUGGAACAGUUCUUUGUACACACAGUACUAACUGGAGCUCCAUUCAAUUGCACUCUCUUGUUCUUCGAUUAUCGUUCGACGGAGUUCGGCAAUUACUUUGAGAUUAUCGAACCGAUGAUUGCACGUAUCGGGGGCAUCCUGCUGUACCAUCAUCGACAGGAACGUCAACACAUAACAGUCGCUGUAAAACGCAACCACCGUGAACCGCACAGCUUCGUUACCGUGCCGGUCAUUUUUCCGACGACAAUCACACCGCCCCCAGUAAAGGAUUUAAUGUCCAAGGAGACAAAUCUAUCGACUACUUUGCUACAGCGCAAAUUACAGUUACUGCGUUGGGUUUGCUCCGAUGAUUUAACAGAGCUGGAAGAACUUAGCUCCAUUCCUCCUUCGCUGUUGUUAACCUUACUGGUCUUAUAUCGACUACGGCAGUACGGGGCAAUAAACAUGUUUGAAGUAAAUCUACUUCUAUUGAUUGCACAUCAAGUUACGAUGGACUUGUUUGAUCCGGCAAAGGAACCGUACCCGCACAUAUUGAACUCCCGUGUCUGCCGAUUAGGAUUUCUGUUUCAGAAAGUAUACAAUCAAUUCUUACGGGUUGCCAAAGCUCUUGGUCUGCCGGAAGAAUACCGACCUUCGGCACCCUACGAUGGGCUUCGGUUCCACAACUAUUAUCGCUUGUGGACCAGUAAGCACAUUAUGCAACAUCACAUUGAAAUAAUUGCGGACUGGCGUUUUAACAAGCAAACAUGACAUAAAUGGCAUUUCUCUCCAAAUUAACAUCAAAUAAUUAAUUUUAGCUAAAAACUGAUUGUAACAUUUUUACAGGAAAAAUAAAUAAACAGGUCGAGGAAAAGAAUAAAU